UAUAGGCUCUUCAGCAUGGUAAUCAACUACAGCAAAUGGGAUGCCCUCGAGCUGUCCGACGACAGCGACAUCGAGGUGCACCCCAACGUCGACAAAAAGUCCUUUAUACGCGCCAAACAGACUCAAAUCCAUCAAGAGCGCGACCACCGCCGGCACCAAAUCAAGACGCUGCAAUACGAGCGCAUAAUCAACGACGGUUUCACCGAACGCAUCGACCGUCUCCUCACGGCCCUCAAGUCGCACAAAGACAAAGCGAGCAAUGGAGAUGACAGUACAAAAACCGAUCAGCUGGUUUUCCAGAGUAUGAUGGAGGGCAUGAUGGCGAGCGGAGAAGACAGGCCACCGCCACCCCCGGAGGGCGUACACGAGCACAUCAAGGAAAAACCGACGUACCCGCAGAUGCUGGCGAGCUUGAUCGAUGAAGUGAAAAAAGAGGUCGACGCAAAGAAGGCGGACGAGAACAUUACACGUCUUGACCAAUUCAUCGAGGUUAUAGACUCUCACAAAGCGCGUGUUGUAGAUCUGCAAAAGCAGCUCUUCGCGAAGCUCGCUGAGCUGGAAAAGGAGGACAAGAAGCACAUUACAAGCGACGACAUCCGCGACGGCUUCAACUACUCAAAUGUCAAGCAGCAGCCCCAACAACCCUCGCCUUCCGCGUCCGCACCCAAGAAAUCCGAAACCACAGUCGAACUCCUGAACUCGCCUUCCUCUUCACGACCCUCUGCCUCCCGCACCGACACCGACGAAUCUUCCGGCGCCGAAGCCGAUAUCGAAGAAGGCACUACUGCAGACGACGAUGAUAAUGUCGAAGCCUCACCCCUCGCACAAAAAUUUGCCAAAAUCCCCCGCGGCGACUGGUCAACGUACUUCAGCUUCCUAAAUCAAUACCCCAACCUGCUCACUGAAAAAGAAACCGACGGCCUCCUCGUCGAAGCGUUCAACUCCGAGCUCGAAGGCAAGCCCAAACACGCAAAACAGUGCGUGCACGCCGGCCUCCUCCUCCAGUACUGCCGACAACUCGGUGGCCGCGACGGCGUCGCCCUCUUCUUCAAGCGCGUCCAGAGUAAAGACCACCAAGCGUACAAGAUGUUCCAUGACGACGUCGAUAGCACAUAUGGCCGUAUCCACGUGCGCGCCGCGGAGAUCAAGAAGGAGCGUGAGGAAGCCCCCACGGAAGGCGUUGAGCAAAUCCAACUUCACGCGGUUGACCCAAAUACCACAAUCUCCAUCUCCGUACCGCCGGAGGUCCCGACUUCUACCGAGCCUGAGGUGCGCGAGGCUGAGAAGGCUGCGAGGGCUGUUUACGACGCGUUUCCGCCGGGGUUGCAGAGGGCGCUGACGAGCGGGAGCCUGGACGAGGUGAAUAAGGUGUUGGCGAAGAUGAGUGUGGAUGAAGCGGAAGAAGUUGUGGAGAAGCUGGGCGAAGGGGGUAUGUUGAGUUUAGAGCAAGGGGUUGUCGAUGCGACGACGGAUGAGGGGAGGAAGGUUAUGGAGGAGAUUGAGCGCACGCAUAAGAUGCCUGGCCAGCAGGAGCCACAGCUGAACUCGGUGGAGGAGGUGGAUUAG